AUGCCACUGGAUCAACCCCCCGAUUUCAAGGAAUUGGCAAACACAUCUGAUAUGGAUGCGGGCCUUAAGCCGGAAUCCUUCUACAAAGCUCGAAUGAACCCCAUACGGUUUCGAAUUCGGCACGUAUUGGUUCGCCUGGUUCUAUCCGAGUCACCUUCCUUGGCUGCCAUUCAACAGAAUUUACGCUGUAAGGUUCUCGAUUACUACUUUCUUUACUCUGCGAACCUCGGUGCUCACAUGUUUUAUGUGCUAAUGUGUCCCCUUCCUGCCUGGUUAGGACAUACUGAUAUUCUAAGAGAUUCGGUUCAGAUCCUCGGCUGGGGAAUCUUUAUGACUGGUUGUGUUAAGGACUUUCUAUGUCUUCCUAGACCCAUUUCUCCUCCUUUGAAACGACUCACUCUCAGUCAUUACACGGCACAAGAAUACGGCUGUCCUUCUAGUCAUACUGCCAAUGCUACCAGUGUGUGUCUUCUGAUUUUAAGGCUUGUAUGGAUCAAUUGGUCCGAGAACACCCCAUUCUUCAAUUAUAUUGUGACGUUCCUUACUGUCUUCUAUCUUUCAACGAUGGUUCUAGGCCGUAUUUACUGCGGCAUGCAUGGCUAUAUCGAUUUGGCUAUCGGUGCUCUGGUUGGAAUCGUCGUAUUCGUCCUGAGACUGUGGCUAAUUGGUGACCAAUGGGAUCAUUGGGUUUUAGACACCUCUUCACGACUUGUUCCGGUUACUACGACUCUCAUUUACUACACUUUGGUCUACCUACAUAGCGUUCCGCUUGACGCUUGUCCUUGUAAUGAAGACUCUGUGUCUUUCAUGGGUGUGCUAAUGGGUUUAGAUGCAAUCCAUUGGCUCGUGGCUAAUUAUGCACAGGCUUAUACACCAAUUGGAUAUAGACCAGAGGAGAUUCCAUUCUAUUAUGAGAAAUUGGGACCCGUCAAGACGAUUCUUAGACUCAUCUUCGGUGUCUCUACUGUUGUGUUGUGGAAAACUGUUUCAAAACCCGUUUUAAUGAAGUUGUUCGGCGCUAAGAAACAGUAUAUAGAAAAGGGACAUAUCGUUGGAUAUGCUUCCAAACCUCGAACAGAUCCAGAGAUCUUUGUUCGUUUGAUUGUUUAUGCAGGAAUUCCCACCAUGGUGGUGUUGCAGAAGUUUUUGUUUCCUUUGGUUGGCUUGGAAUAA